AUGGCCGACAACAUCCCCUCGGGUACCGAGUAUCGUACCGGCCGAUCCGACUCUACCUCCUCGGCCAGUACGGCAGCUACCCAGGCAACCUUCUCGCCCAGUGCAACAGCUGCCCACGCGGCUGGCUUCUCCACGCCCGUUCGGCGCCGGUCCUCAGGCCACCUCUUCGAGGGCCUCACUGCUCAGAAGCGCAAAGACGACCCCGCCUCUGUCGCCCGGCGGCAGAGCUUGAACGAGCAGCGGCCGCCCCCAGGUUUCAUCGGCCAGAUGUGGAACAACUGGGUGCGCGGCAACAAAUAA